CACCAUCGGAUUGAGGAAAAUUCUCAUGGCAUUCUUAUAAAUUGCUCGGAUCAUCUUCUCACCAGCUUCUCUAUUUUUACGUCCGACUUACGAAUAAUGAGAGAACACAUCGUCAAAGCCAUUGAACAAUAUAUCGACAAACAUUAUGAUAGAAUUCGAGAACACGUUGAUAGGAACUUGGAAAAACUUAAGGAAGUUGUUGUUGAAAAACUUCCCGACCACGUUUUGGAAUUUAUCAAGAAGCAUGCUGACGAUGGUGAUGGUCAUGAAACCAUGAUGGAAAGCAUAUUUCAAGUUAUGUCAAGCAUGGCCGACCAAUUAACCGAUGAUUACAAGGAGGACCUUCGCAUUGUCACCAGGGAACACCUUGAUGAGGUUACGGUCGAUUCGACGGAUCACUUGACUGGCGUGGUGGUGGAUGAAUCAAAGAAAGCUGUCAGGGAAGUCACGAGCAAAGACGAUGAUGGUGAGUCUUGGUGGAAAAAUAUCGACCUGUCAUUCUUGAAGGGAGGUAAAGAUGGAAUAAUCGCAAAGAUCUUGGAACUCAUUAGACAUCCAAUUCACCAUGCGAGUGGUGACAUUAACAAGUCGAUUAGUCAGAGGGUGCCCGAUAAGGCCAAAUCCAAAUUAUAUGAAAAAUUUGGUUUGAAAGUCGAAAAAAAAGUUGAAUAUGAGGUUCAAGAAGAAGUUCAUGACCGUGGAAUUUCAAAAAAGCAUCACUUCACCAAGGUUCUCGGUACAAUCAUGGGUGGAGAGGAAGGCGGUAGCGGUGGCGGUGGCGGCGGCAUGCGUAAAAGCUUCAUAGACAAAAUUUUCGAGAAAAUCCCUGAAAAGAUUGAGACGGUAUUGAUUCCACACUUUCAAGAGUUUGAAGAAAAGUUGAUGGAGCAUUUGAAAAUCGAAAUGCACGAAAACAUAUUCAAGGAUGAUAACUUCUUGCAUGGAAUGAAAGGCUUGAUCGGUAAAUUUGGUGAUAAGGAUGGUGAUGGUAAAAAUGACUUCAUCGAAGGAGUCUCUAAUGCCAUGGAAUCGUUUUUCCAUAAGAAAAAGAAAUAA